AUGGAUCCGGUUUUCGUAAGACUCGUAAGUCAUUCAUGCCUCCAAGGAACCAGAAAAACCCUAGAAAAUUGGUUCCUACGUCAAGGCUUUUGUAAGAAUACAAAUCUUACCAAAUUAAGUUCAAAUUUUAGACUAGAGCUGAUCUUGCUGGUGAAGACUAAUAGAAGCAAAAGGCCCGUACCGUCUCUUAAUAAGCUUGCAGUCAAGUUAAAAGUCCAGCAAUUAAGCACUAUGGGCUUGUUAUCGAGCAAGUUCCCGCAGAGACUCUUCAGGACAAUACAGGGUGGAUGUCUACAACGUUGUCAGGUUCCUAUUGACAGCAGUAGCUGCGAUGAAGAAAAUAGGAGGAAAAAUUUCAUGAUGGUCUGCAUUAUACACACUGGAGCCAACAAAUACUACGUCAAGGCUUCUGUUCAGAAGUUGAUUGCAAGUUAA